AUGCGAAUUUACUCAGAACAGGGUGUGGCGCCGUUCCAGUGCACCCCGCUCUCAGCCAGUGCGCCGCGCUCGCUGCGAAUCUUUGUCUAUCCGCUUCCUGCAGAGUUCAACACGCGUGUGAUUGAGCACAACCUGGCGCAUCCGCCCGACAUGCGCGAUCCGGUCUGCACGACGAGCUUUUACUCGAGCGAGUGGGCGUUCCACCAGUUGCUGCUCGACAGUCCGCUGCGGACGCUCAACCCGCGCGACGCAGACUACUACUAUGUCCCCGUGUAUGGGACAUGCCACGGCUUCAACCGGAUGGCGGUGCAGCCGAACGCGAGCGCCGAGCUGUUCAGCGCCGCGCUGGACUGGAUCACCUCCCAUGGGAGCAUCCCGCGGGACACGCUGCCGUGGCGCUACGACCCGUACAGUCCUGACUGGAACAGUCUCGGCACCAUUGAGCAGGUGGCGACGCGGGGCGAGUACCCGCCAUUCCCCGCGUUCGCCCAGGACCACUUGUGGCUUUUCUCCCAAGGCCACGGCGCCAAGCUGUUUGGAGACUAUUCAAGAAUCAAGAACGCAGUCUUCCUGACCGCGAAUGGCCAGCUGUCCGCGGCCGAGUUUACGCUGGCAAAGGAUGUGACGAUUCCGCCGCGAUUGACGCACUACGUCCCAACGCCAAUUUACGCCAACAAGUCUGUUGACGAGCUCGAGGUCAUUUUGACGGGCCAAAGACCGACAUUGGCAUGCUUUGGCGGGACCAAACUGCCCUGCUUUGUGAACGAUGCUCGAGGAUCAUGCCACUCCCGAGGCGUUCGGCCCUACCUGAAAGAAACCUUCAGCAAGCACCCGGACUUUCGCAUUCUCGGCAUUCGGUCGAGUGGCUACGAAAAGGCACUUCGCUCGUCGACAUUUUGCCUGUGCCCCGAAGGAUGGCACGCCUGGACGCCGCGCGUUUUUGAAGCGAUUCUCUCGGGAUGCAUCCCCGUGCUCAUCUCUGACGACCUGGCGCUCCCAUUCGAAAGCCUCAUUGACUAUGACGCGUUUAUUGUGCGCAUUCCGCCUGCCCGUGUUGCUGCAGAUCUUUUGUCGACGCUACAGAGCAUUUCGCACCAAGACGUUCACGGUGAUGCAUUCUGCUCCAUCCUCGAGCAGUUGUACCUGAAAAAGCGGCAGGCGAGUCGGCGCUGGGCCGACCAGAAGGAUGUCGAGUUUCGACGAUGGGUCGAAGCCGGAGGAUCGCCGUAA